GGUGUUUGUGUUGUACUUCGCUAAGAGCGUGGAGCUGACCGGAGUGAAGGAGGAGGGAAGCGUUGCCGUGCCAACGCCCAUCAGCAGCCGGGACCUCUGGAGGCUGUUGCUGCAGCGACACCCGAGGUACUGUCCCUCUUGCAGGAUCAGGUGGUGUUGGCGGUGCGUCAGCAGUACGUUGCCAUCGGCGACCAGGUGGUAACCCUUGGAGACGGGGACGAGGUUGCCGUGGUGCCGCCGCUCAGCGGAGGAUAAACACGAGCUAUGAACAAGUUGGAGCAGAGGCGGGACAUCUUCAAGCUGAGCCGUGAUUGGCUGUCGGUACAGGAAGUGGUCGACGUCGUCAGCAGCACUUCCUGUGGAGCCAUUUCCAUAUUUAUAGGUACUACCCGUGAGGACGAGGUUGGCGGCAGGAAGGUGAUUGGUCUAGAGUAUGAGGCGUACGAACUCAUGGCCCAAUCAGAGUUCAGUAAGCUGUGUGAUGACAUCAGAGCGCGCUGGCCAACCGUGACACACGUGUGCGUCCACCACCGUCUGGGGUGGGUGAAGGUGGGCGAGGCCAGUGUUGUCAUGGCGAUCUCGUCUCCUCAUCGCCAUGACGGCCAGAACGCGAUCCGGUACUGCAUCGAGCAGCUGAAGGCCAACAUCCCCAUCUGGAAGAAGGAAGUGUACGACACACAGGAGGCCAGCUGGAAGGAGAACACAGAGUGUCCGUGGUCCUUUCAAAAUAAAGUUCCCCCAGCCGCGCCCUCCGGAGAGAGCGUCUGAGUGGCGGAUAAUAAACGUUAUUGAUUAUGAGGAAA